AUGUCUAAAGAACUACAGUUGAGCCACCAUGGACAUGACGAAAAUGAUGAAUACUGUAAAGUACGCACUAACAUCCAUGAAGAUUAUGAAAAUGAUGAAGAAUGUGACAAACUUUAUACCACAUGUCUGCGUGAAGAAAAGCCCAAAGUCGAUUUCACUGUUUCAAGUGAGAUUAAUAAGAAAUUAUUCAAAAAGAAAACAUGGGAAAGUAAAAGGCGUACUUCAACAAGGCCAAGUGUGGAACUUGCAUCAGCUACUGCUUCAGGAAGCGGCAUCAUAGGCAUGAUUGACACGAUUGACAGACCUGCAGAUGCCAAAGCAGAAGGCACCUAUGCUCGAAGCGGAUCAUAUAAGGAAGCUUUUAAAAACAAACCAGGAAAGAGGAUUCCCAAGGCUGGAGUCUAUGCGGAAGCAGGAGUUGGACGAGCUAGUGCUGAAUACCGUAUAUUUAGGGCAGAAGCCAAAGGCCCAAACGCCUCAGCUGGUGCUGAAGCCACUGUGGCUAGACUCGGGGCCGGAGCAAUGGCUCAGGCUGAGAUUGCCAGUGCGUCAGCUAGUGCCGGUCCACUUGAUGUGAAAUUGGGACUUGGAGUCGACACGGGUGCAUAUAUUGGUUUGGGUGGGGUGGAGGUCAAAAUACUGGGAUGUGGAUUCUCAUUUGGUCGAAAAACCAGUGUAUCUGUUCUGGGUUCAGAACUGUCAUUUUCAUUCUAGUCACACAGGUAUCAAUUACCUUUGAAUAUUUAUGUGUAGCAUUUUACUAUGUCUAAAUUUAUCCUAAAAAUCCAUUUACUGUUUCAGUUUUGACUGCUCCUGCUAGUGGUCGCCACAGCGGAUCGUCUGGACAUCUAUUUGGCGCAGGUUUUCCUGACGCAACCUAGCACUGACAUCCUGAAAACCCAUUAACUAUUACUAAUAUUU